CGUCAAUAGAGUUAUAUCCCUUUGUUAUUUUUUUUUUUUUGGUAAGAUUGUUUUAAUCAAAGGAAAGUUUGUUUGAUAAAACAUCCUCCAUCAUUGACAGAACAUGGCAUGUUUAGUACGGAACAGACCAUUAUAUUUAGCACUUAUAACAAAGAGAUGUUGCCACACCGCAGUUGCAAAGUCACCAGUUGUUACACAGCCACUUAACUUUCUAGAUGGACAAAGAGUGGAGCCUUUGAACAAUGAUAAACAACAACAAUUUCCUCUUAUAUACCCUGCCACAGGUGAGGUUUUAAAGACUGUACAAAGUUCCGGGGCCUCUGACCUAGACAAUGCCAUGGCAGCGGCUAGAAGAGCUCAGAAACAAUGGGCUGGUAUGUCUGGGUUUGAGAGGGGACAGGUACUUAAACGUGCAGCUGACUUAUGUAGGGUUAAACAAGAAGAAUUGGCAAGGGCAGAGACUUUAGAUACAGGCAAACCAAUAUGGGAGGCUCGUUUUGACAUACAAGGCUGUGCUGACUCUGUAGAAUAUUAUGGCGGACUUGCAUCUACUAUAUCAGGUGAAUUUUUACAGUUAUCAGGGGGGAACUUUGCAUAUACUAUACGUGAGCCUCUAGGGGUUGUUGGAGGUAUAGGUGCCUGGAACUACCCAUUUCAGAUGGCCACAUGGAAGUCUGCACCAGCACUAGCCUGUGGUAACGCCUUUGUCUUCAAACCAUCUCAGAUGACCCCAUUAACAGCAGUCAUGUUGGGAGAAAUCUACAAGGAGGCAGGGUUACCUGAUGGAUGUUAUAAUGUUGUUCAG